AGAAAGCCAGAAGGAAGAGAGAUAAAGGGGGAAAAAUAAACAACGGGGGAAUAUCAGCCUGACAGAGGGAGGCGUCUUCAUCUGAAGCCUUCAUGAGGACAGACGGAGGGAGACAAAAGAAGAUGGAGAUAUGAUAAGUUGUGAGCUCCUGAUGUGACGGGAGGACAGGGGUGGAUGGCAGCUGGAUAUGAGAAAAACACGUAAAUAAAGUAUCCUCUGAGGAAAAGGAGAAGGGGAGAAGAUGAAGCUGAAUGAACGCAGCGUGGCGCACUAUGCCACCUGUGACUCACCGCCAGACAAGACAGGCUUCCUGUUCAAAAAGGGUGAGCGCAACACAGCUUAUCACCGGCGCUGGUUUGUCCUGAAGGGUAACAUGCUCUUCUACUUUGAGGAGCGCGAAAGCCGAGAGCCUAUCGGUGUCAUUGUCCUUGAGGGAUGCACUGUGGAGCUGUGCGAGUCAGCUGAGGAGUUCGCCUUCGCGAUCAAAUUUGACUGUGCCAAAGCACGGGUGUACAAGAUGGCUGCUGAAAGCCAGGCAGCCAUGGAGUCAUGGGUGAAAGCGCUGUCCCGGGCCAGCUUCGACUACAUGAGGCUGGUGGUGAAGGAGCUGGAGAGGCAGCUGGAGGAGAUCCAGGAGGUUGCAGGAGGUGGCUCUGUCGGGUCUGGAGUUGUAGGCUUGCAGGGCAAGCCUAAGUCCUCCAGGCGAAACCAGGUGGCACGGUCCAGGUCUGGAGCAUGCUCUUCUUCAUCAUCGUUAUCUUCCUUAUCAUCAUCAUCAUCAAGUGCCGCUCCGAUGUCAGGCCCCUUCUCUGCUCAAAAGGGCAUCCAGGAUGAGGUGCAGCUCAUCUCUGGGUGUUCCAAAGAGAAUGGAGUUGCGUGGAGUAAACCACCAGUUGCCUUGGCUAACGGUUUUGUUGAGGGAGGGUCUUCCUGCGUGGCCUGGGAAGGCUAUGGAGACUCUGGGAAUGGCAGUGUGAUUGGUUAUGGGGCUGAUGGGGUGAGGGCUCCACCGGUGCCACCCAGAAGAAGGGGAGCAUCUCUGGAAAGCCCGGUCUCCCCUGGCACUGGCUGCUUCUCCAAACUCCAUGACUGGUACGGCAAAGAGGUGGAGGAACUGAGGGUGCAGUGGCUGCAGAGCCAGUAAACUGAUGGAAAUUGAUCAGUUCUUUUUCCACAGUUCCAUCAUUCAUUCUUGAACAUCCUGAAAUGUUAACACCCUUCUGAACCCAACACUACGGGGAGGGAACUGUGACUUAAUUGCAAAUUGCAGUCUUAUCACCAAUCAAAAAAGACAAAUAAAAAUUUCAGAUUGAUUCCAGAUCUUGUCUGGCACAGGGGAAUCAAUCGCUCUUAAAGAAUAACACUAUCCAUUGUACAAUCCCUUAAAGUUAAAAAUACAUGUAAAAUACAAAAAUGCUCUUUUCCACAGUUUUGUGUGAUUUGUCAAGGACAUGUAAAAAUGCUAAAAGUACAGUUUUUAAAAUAAUCUGUUUUUCUAACAAGAUGCAAAGAGUUUGGCCUUCUAGUAGAUAAAACUCCGAAAAAUAUUCUGUUCUAUUAUUAUACUGUCAAGAUUUCUUCUGCCCUUCUAGCUUCCGAACGUACUUCUGGGGAUGUAAUUUUGGGGUCAGUUUUCUUUAAAGCUAUAGAGACCUUGAGUCAUGUUUUUCUAUAGUUACACAUAAAUAAACAAAUCACCACAGUUAAGUAUUUUUCUAAUGGAAGGGAAAGGCCCUGGAUGGUUUUUGUUAAAUGCAAAGGAAAUAACAAAUUACAGGUUGCUAUAGUGAUACAUUAACCAUAGGACAUAGAAAACACUGCAGCUGUAUGACUGAAGUCCCCAUGUGGUGAUGUCAAAGCUUUCCCCUGUCGGAGAUGAAACAAUGCACAACUGUUUGGAACAAAGUGUUUGAAUCUGGAAAUUAAGAAGAUAAGAUAAAGAGGUAAAGAAACAGCAGAGCAGAGACAACUGAACGGUUGGUGAUAUUUUUACAAUCUAAUGGCAUGAGCACCAGGACAACUCGCAUCUAAAUUCAUGAUUUCGAGUUUCCUGCAACUUUGAACCGCCUCAACACUGAGAUCAUUUUAAUAUACACACUUAUAAAGAAUCGUGGAUAGUCUGGAAAUAAGAAGUGGUGUUGGAGAAAAACUAGUCCAGAUUCUCCUCCAUACUCCCACCGGGGCAUAUCUCGCCCCAGAGGCCUUGUGGUUUGCUAAUGUCAGAACAUCCUCUCGACAGUCACUGGGGACUGUGGUGGGAGCUGGAUGUCUAGCUCAGAGCAACACACCCCGGUAUUUUUAGCCCUUGUUAGCCAGCGGCCAGAUGAUGCUGUUUCAUAAGAGUGCUUGUCACUUAGUUCUCUUUUGACUCUCUUUAUCCUUGAACUUACAGGACUUAACAUUUGUCUUCAUAAUCCUCUGAUAAUUUCAUGUUACACAAUCAAAUCAUCUUAAUUUUAUGCAACUGUUGGUUUUGUUUGUUACAACAUAUUAACCCUUAAUGUUACUGAAUGAGUGUAACUGUUGGAGGCCUAUACUGUACGUGAACAUCUAACCUCUUGGUUUUUAUACAAAUAUUUACUAUUCCAUGUUGGAAAUUAACACCAGCAGUCUGCAUCCAAUCACAUAGCCGUUUACAUUUUUGUUUUAUAGGUGCCUUAUUUUAUCUUUAUAAUGUUAUUGCACUCGCAACCAUUAUCAUAGGACCACAACGAUGGGAGGGUUAACUUUUGACUCUUUUUCCACUGUACUGCUGUUAUUUUUUUUCUAUUUUCUUGCCAAAGGCUCAUCUCUGCAAUCACUUUUUGACAAUGGCUCAGCUCCCUCAGUCUGCAUCAAUGCACAGCACUGUCAUUACUGUUAUACUCUUGGCUUGUGCAGAAAUGACGAUGUGGGAAGGAGUGGUACAGUGUGGAUUGUGUUUCUUUAAAACAGCAAUAUCAAAGCAGCAUCUAAAUUUAUGGUUGUAUUAUUGCCAAUUGUAUCAAUUCCAGAAGUCUAUUACUGUAAUCACAGAAGACAAUAAUCUUUUUUACAAUAAUAUUCAAAGGAAUAUGUGAAUGUGUCAAAAAUAACCAUAUAAAUGAUAGUAGUAUCUAUCUUUAUUCAAGUGUGCCAAAUGAGGAAUGCAACCUAAAUGCACAAUAACCAAUUUGUCAGUUUUUUUUUCAUUAACUUUUAUGAUUCUAGUAACAAUUUUCAAUGUUAUAAUACACAUUGAGUAUUAUAUUGAAUAAUAAAUAAUAUUUAACACAUUGUCUUGAUAUGGUACCCUGAAAAGAUGUUUGUUAAUGAAGAAUGAAGCAUUUGCUGUAAACAGCUCAAUAAACUGUUAAUAUGU